GUGUGUGUGUGUGUGUGUGUGUGUGUUUGUGGUAUAUAGUCUGCUUUAUAUAGCAACAGUUAUCCUGGCCCAGGAAGAAGGAAUGCCCUGGAUGCCAGUGACCAUAUUUGAACAGCGUGUUUGCUAGAAGCUGACGACACUCACACUGACUGCAUAUCGUAACUUGCAGUAACACACACUCAAACGUACACACGUCCAAGCCCUUCAUCUUUACACAUUGUGAGUAGGUGUGUGUGUGUAUGUCCGUGCGUAUGUGCAUGCUCAUAUGUCUGGGUUUGUGUGCUGCAGUUACACGAGAUCACCACCGUGAGGCAGUGUAGUGCCUUGUGUUUUAGUGACAGCGAGCUUUGACUUCAACUGACUUUUACUGACUCACAGGGAGCAAACUUCUCUCUCUCUUUCUCUCUCCCCCUCUCUCUCUCUCUAUCCAGCACUUUCUAGUUUCUUCUCUCUGACAAUCUGUUUUGCUGACUCAUAACAUCCACUGUGGAGGAACUUCUCUCCCUCUCUUUUCUAUUUCUCUCUCUCUUUCUCUCUCUCUCUAUCUCUCUCUCUCUCUCUCUGAACUGAUCCGUGACCCUGUGUGCUACUUGUACAUUUUGGGGCAGCAGCCGUCAAGUGCGAGCUUGUGUGUGUGUGCGUGUGUCAGUAUGCCAUGUCGUCCCUGGGCUCGUCGUUUGUGCAGAUAAAGCAUGAGGACCUGCUCUUCUAUGAGAACUGUGGAGGGGGCAGCUUUGGGAGCGUUUACAGAGCCCUCUGGAUAUCCCAGGACAAGGAAGUGGCUGUGAAGAAACUUUUGAAGAUUGAAAAAGAGGCUGAGAUUCUCAGUGUCCUGAGUCACAAGAACAUCAUUCAGUUUUAUGGAGCCGUCCUGGAAUCUCCCAACUAUGGCAUCGUCACAGAGUAUGCAAGUGGGGGGUCUCUGUAUGAGUACCUGUCCAGUGAGCAGAGUGAGGAGAUGGACAUGGAGCAGAUCAUGACGUGGGCCAUACAGAUAGCUAAAGGAAUGCAUUACCUCCAUGCGGAAGCUCCAGUCAAAGUCAUUCACAGAGACCUCAAGUCACGGAAUGUGGUAAUGACAGCAGACAAAGUGCUGAAGAUUUGUGACUUUGGGGCAUCUAAGUUCCUGUCACACACCACCCAUAUGACGGUGGUGGGCACUUUUCCCUGGAUGGCCCCUGAAGUCAUCCAGAGCCUGCCUGUCUCUGAGACCUGUGACACCUACUCUUAUGGUGUGGUGCUAUGGGAGAUGCUGACUCGUGAGGUUCCUUUCAAAGGCUUCGAAGGCCUGCAAGUGGCAUGGCUGGUGGUCGAAAAACAAGAGAGGCUGACCAUCCCCACCAGCUGUCCACAAAGCUUUGCAGAACUGAUGAGGAAAUGUUGGCAAGCCGACCCCAAAGAGCGUCCGCAGUUCAAGCAGGUGCUGAUGACUUUGGAGACCAUGGCCAAUGACAGCAGGCUACCAGACCAGUGUAACUCCUUUUUACAUAACAAGGACCAGUGGAGGUGUGAGAUCGAGUCAACUCUGGAGCGCCUGCGGAAGCUGGAGAGGGAGCUCUACUCCAAGGAGAAGGAGCUGGAGGAGAGGGAGAGGAGGCUCAGGCUGUGGGAGGAGAGGCUGAUGGAGAGGUCCAACAUGACACCCAGUCCAACCUCCCUGCUCAUGGAGCGCUCCAAUAUCCCACCGUUCUUCAGUUCCAUUGGUUCCUCGGGCUCCUUCUUCCGCUCACACUCACAGGAGUCCAACAGCGCAGCGGUCAGCAGCGCCGGGGUCAGCUGCCUCAUCCGCACCCUCAGCAACGGGGACACCGAGAGGGGAACCGGGGGAGGAAUUGAGAGGGGAGUGGGCUCACUCGAUGGCGGGAGGCUGCAUGCCAUGCUCCGAGGGUUCCAGGGUCGGUUCGGAGAGGAGGACGAGGAAGAGGAAGGAACCCUGGAGGAGAAGGGCUGGGGGCAGAGGGAGAGGGAGAAGGAGAGGGAGGAAGGCGGGAGCAUGGAGGGAGGCAGGGUGCAGGCAGAGGGGGAGACAGAGAAGGAGGGAGGAUGGGAGAUGGAGAAGCUGGGGAACAGGCUAGAGGAGAGAGGGAUGGAGGGAGGGAUAGAGGGAGGGAGGCUUCAGACGAUGUUCAAGGGCCUCCAAGGUAGCCUGGGGGGUUUCAGUGACAUGCUGUCCUUAGAUAUGGAUGAGAUGGGGGAGAUGGAGGGACUGGGUGACAUGGACAUGGACAUGAACAUGAACAUGGGCGACUUGGGUGUCAUGAAGGUCGUAGGCCACGGGGUCAGGAGCGAGCGCAGGAGGAGUGACAUGGGCGUCGUCGUCCAGGGAGUCAGGGGUGACCUCAGUAGUGAGGCUGUCAGCCAGAAGAUCAGAGGGGAGGUGGGGGUCAUAGGUCACUCAGGGGUGCAAGUGAGCAUGCGGGCUUCUUCCAAUCAGAACUCUUCGAAGAGCUGCAGCGUGCGACAUGGAACCAAAAUCAACAUGGCGACAGCAGCCAUGGACAUGAUGGAGCUGGGCUGGUCUGAUGAUAGCGACUAGGAAACACUCACCAAUACACACACUCAGACACUCUAACACACACACACACACACACACACACACACAAACACAGAGGCCAAACGCAAUAGAUUUUGACCUUUGAGCACAUAUCUGAGCUAUGUGCCUUAGGGACGCCAGUUGCAAAGCACUGGGUCUAAACACAUGUCUGUUUUUGUUAAACUAUUCAUUUUUUAUUGAGGCAAAUGUAUACUACACCCAUAUGUGUACUGUGAAGUAAGAAGGAGCAAAAAGGUAGAAAGUGGUUGUCUUGUCUUGUUGUCAUGUUGUCAGAAUGACUUCACCUGUGUACUUUAAUGUGCUAUUUAAAACUGCUGCAUAACAUAAGAAGUACAGGUGUUACAGAAAAAAACACUUGAAUGUCGCUCUAGUGAGGCAGCACCUCGUGAUAUGUAUUUUUCCUGCUUAUAGAGUAUCUUAUAGUUUAUAGAUUUGAUUUGUUCAAAACAAUAAGCUUUGACUUCAUCAAUUCUAACUGUGAUCCAGUGUGUGAAUUUUUUUUUUUUUUUUUUUUGGCAUUUC